AUGGGUUGCAGUAAAUCCUCCGGAUUGAUGUUGAGUAGCUAUACCAGUUUGACAACAGCCGUAGGCACUGCUUCUUUGGCAAAACGGUCCCAUUGGAUUACUUCAAAGUACCACAGUGUCCUCGAGGUUAAAAUAAAGGCUUCUUUGGAUACCGAUGAGGUCGGUUUGUUUGCGCAAUUUGCAGAGUUUGCUCUAAGGGCGACCUUUAUUGGCGGGAUCAUUCAGAAUCUGCAUCGUUAUCGUUUACCCGGUUCACCGUUGGUCUAUCAUACAAGUUUUCGCCCACAUUUGCUUGCCGUAUUGGACUGUUUGUCCAAAUAUUAUGAGAUGCACAUAUGUACUUUCGGGAAUCGAGUAUAUGCUCACAGGCUGGCCUCGUUUAUCGAUCCAAAACGACGCUAUUUUUCACACCGCAUUUUAUCCCGAGACGAAUGUUUUAAUCCGGUUACAAAGUCGGCCAAUCUGAAAUUUUUCCCGGACACCGGUGAUAUUAAUGCUCUUGCAUGGUCGAAUUCCAACGAUAACCAGCGGUCAGCAAAUAAACCUCCAGUGACAACGAUACCCACCACUCCUGAAUCAUCAGUACUCGAAGGUGAUUCUCCGCCCAAACAACCAUUGCCGUCCUCUGCCAGUGAGAUGCAAAUAGAAUGCACUCCAACUACAGACUCUUCACUGAUAGAGUGUGUUGAAAAACUCGUUGACGAGAAAAAUGACUACCCAGGAGAACCCACAGAACCCAGCCUCAUGGUAGAAGACAGUCCGUUUAGAAAUAACGUCACUGAUUCAACUACUGUGACUGAACAAACUGAUCUUGUCACAGACACAAAAGUGGUGAGUUCGGAAUCUUUGGCCCAUUCGGAUGAGGUCGCACCUGCAGCGAAUGUGAGAAAUGACCAGAUCGAUUCGGACGAGAAGAGUGACAGUGAUACGUAUGCAAUCGAACCAGAGCAGCCGAUAGUUUCAGUUUCAUCCACUCCAGAGGAGAUGCUUGAGGCAGCAGACGGGAACUAUUUGCUGCGAUUGCAGGAAAUCCUGAUUGGGGUUCAUCGAAGCUUUUUUCGCGCUUACGACAAAUGGCGUGCAAGGCAAAGCAGUUCACACCAAUCUCACACUUAUACAGACAGGUAA